AUGAAGUUGCACUGGAGAGGCCAGCGCCAUGCCACGGCCAAAGCCGCCUUCAGGUGGACGUUGGCUCUGGUUCUGUUCAGCCUGGGCUACAACGGUGACAGGCCUGCCUGCCUCGCCUGCCUCUGCCGGGCCGUUUCGUCGGCUGGCGUGCCAGCUGGCAAUCAAGCUGUGGCUGAGGGCUUGCGGAAGGUGCAGUCCUGCAUAGCGGAGGCAGCCGGCGGCCGUGACGUUCGGUUGGUGGCCGUGUCGAAGUUCAAGGCCGCAGAAGCAGUGCAAGCAGCGCUGGACUUGGGCCAGGUGGAUUUCGGAGAGAAUUACGUGCAGGAGUUGCUGGAGAAAGCUUCCGCUCUGCCCUCCAACGUCAGGUGGCAUUUCAUUGGACGUCUGCAGUCCAACAAGGUGAAGAAGCUAGUCAACAUCCCGAAUCUCGUAGCAAUCGAAACAGUGGAUUCGUCGGCGCUCGCAGACAGGAUAGCUUCCGCUGCGCAAGCUGCUGGAAGGGGCGAGGGCGGCAUUGAUCCUCUGGACUUGUUCGUUCAGGUCGACACCAGCAAUGAGGAGACGAAAGGCGCAUCGCAUGGAUUUGGAGUUUGA